UGACCCAGUCUGACCCGGUCUGACCCAGUCUGAUCCAUCUGACCCGGUCUGACCCGUUCUGAUCCAUCUGACCCGUUCUGACCCGGUCUGACCCAGUCUGACCCGUUCUGAUCCGUUCUGACCCGGUUCUCCCACUGAGGUCCAGAGGAGCCUCAGUUUCCUCCUCAUUAAGGUGAAGCUCAGGUCCUGCGUUCAUCAUCCUCUCUGCGGGGAACCAGCCUGGAAAUAAAAGUUCUGUUCAACACUAGAUGGUGCCGUCUGGUUCUGGUCGGUUUUUCCUGAAGCUUCUGCUCCGGUGCUGAUGUUCCCAGACAGAACCGGGACUGGGUCGGACAUCGGUCCCGUGUUCUGACUGGCUUUUCUACCUCCAUCCAUCUGUUCCCAGGGACCUCCGGGAGCUUUAAGGACUUCAAAACACCCGGCGGCACCAGAACCAGUUCUGGUUCUGGACUAGAACUCCUCUCCCUUUAGUUCUGGAGAGGAGUAGCAGGGUUCUCCAGAACCCUAACCCCGCCAGCUACCUCAGACCUCAGGACAGUUCUGGUUCUGCAGGCUUGUCUCUUGGUUCUGUCUGUGAUUUCCCUCCAUGAACUGAACUGCCUCAGCAGACCUAACAGCUUCCUGGAUGUUAGACGUUUAUUUAUCGCUGUCAGUAUUUUUACACGUCGGGACACUUUAAGGACGGAUUUCUGCUGCUUCUGUCCAUGUUUAAUGUAGCUUUGUUCCUCUGCUGGUCCUCCACAGCUCCUCCUCAACUCCUCCUCAGCUCCUCCUGCUGGAGCUUCAUGGUGGACCUCCCUGCUGGUCCUGUUUACCUCUCUGUGUUCUGAUUGGCUCUCUGCAGGAAAUUCUCUGUUACAUUCAUGUUUUACAGCCGCUGAACGUGUUCCAGCUCUUCUGGCGCUCAGCAGAGGUGGAGCUUCCCCUUUAAGGGAUCCUCCCCACCCUGUGGGUGGAGUUUCUGGUGAACUUCAGCUCUUUCGGUUUUGGUACUUAAGAAGCCGUCAGCUGCAGUAAUGUAGGCGCCCUGGAGCUAUCAGGAUGUUUAGGUUCGCUCCGAUGGACUGUCUCUUCACCUCAGCAGGUCUGCCUCUCUUUCUGCUGGACAUAGUCCUGGACGUCUGGGCUGCUGUGGACCUUUAUCAGGAGGGGGCCUACCUGUGCCUAGGUGUGCUGCUGGUGCUCCUGAUUGGCUCCUCGGUGCUCGCCCAGCUCUACAGCUGGCUGUGGUAUAAAUAUGACAAGUUUGAGGUUCACACCAAAGUUGAAGAUAAAGCAAAGACCUGGCUGGGCACGCUGCACCUGUUCCAGCUGGGGAUCUACAUCAGACACGCAGCCGUCCUGGAGAGCUCUCCCAGCCUGUGCAGAUGCUGUAGAGGAACUUGUGGAUAUUCUGAAGACGGAGAAGAUCCGGGCGUGUACCUGAACCACGACCUGAGCAUGCUGCGGCUCUUCGAGACCUUCUCAGAGAGCGCUCCUCAGAUCGUCCUCAUGCUCUCCAUCAUCAUGCGGACAGGAAAGCCGGAUCCCAUCACAGUGCUGAAGAUGUUGGGCUCGCUGUCGGCCGUCGCCUUCUGCGUCACCACCCACCACCGCUGCCUGCGCUCCUUCCUGCCAGAGAAGAAGAACCAGAAGCCCGUCUCGUCCAUCGUCUACUUCCUCUGGAACCUGCUGCUGCUGUCGUCCCGCAUCGUGGCCCUGGCCCUCUUCGCCUCCGUGGAGCCCUGCUUCAUCUUCACCCACUUCUUCUGCUCCUGGCUGGUGUUCUUCUUCUUCGCCUGGCGCUCCAACACAGACUUCAUGGAGACGCCGGCGGGGGAGUGGCUGUACCGGGCCACCCUGGGCCUCAUCUGGUACUUUAACUGGUUCAACGCGGUGGAUGGGAAGACGAGGAACCAGUCGGUGGCGUACCACGCCUGCAUGCUGCUGGACGUGUCCGUCCUCUGCGGCGUGUGGUACUGGAGGAUGAGCUCAGAUCCUCCUCACCACGAACUCUCCUGUCUGCAGGCGGCCAUCAUCGCCAGCGCCGUGGUGGCGGUUUACGUCUUGGGCUUGGUCUGUAGGAUCAUUUAUUACCUGUUCUUCCAUCCAAAGCUGUACAAACAGGACCUGACAGGUAAUGAGCCUCAUGCAGAUCAGGUGGACUUUGGUCCCGGAGCUCCUGUUCAGAACGGAGGCGUCACAUUUCGCUCGCUGCAAAGUGGGCCGAGCCAACCGGCUCCUUGCAACAAGAGGAUGGAGAAACUGGCUGAGAACUUUUACUCCAGGUCGUCUGAUGAUGUUGUCGUCUGAAUCCUGCAGCUUCUGGAGCUGCUGCGGCAAAAACAUGAAGAAGAAGACUUUAUUAAACCCUUAAAGCUCAGAGACCCGUCCAGAACCGGGGACCAGAUGCUCCUUUAAAUCUGACAAAGAAUGUAAAAUGCUGCCUUUUUUAGUUCAGGCCCGUCAGGUUCUAGAUUGAUGGUGUGGCUGUCUGGGGGAACAUCUGGGUUCCUGGUUCCUCACAUUAGAGCAGAGUUCUUCUUCACAGCCAGAACCAAAGCCCGGCCACAGACGGGUCGUGGUGCUCCGCCCGCCAGGCCCGCCAGUACCAGCUGAAACAAUAACUGUUCAUCUGGGUUGUUUCUACUCGGCAUCAUAAAUCAGCCUUUAUUUCCGUCCAUCUCCCUCGGGUUCUGGACCCGGUUCAGAGCGCAGAGAGAAUCCUCUCCAGAACAUCCCACAGAGUCUCAGUGGGAUUAAAGCACAGAGAGAGCAGCAUGUCUGAUGCUUCCUGGUGUUCUGACCCGGCAGGAGGCCCGCUGCAGAACCUCCAGCGGGUCGCCCGGAGGGACCUCGGAUCAGAACCGAAUUAGGCCUCACCAGUCCGGUCUUCCAGGCAAACUAAAGCCAGUUUGCAGUUAAUUUCUCUUUUUGGUCCUUUAUACGAGCUGCAGAGAAGUUCUGACGGUGCGGCCCGGAGUUCUGGUGCCGCGUUGAUUUCAGGCUGUCGGGUUCUCUGCCGCUGCGGUCCUUCAGAAAAAUGUUUGCAGCAGGAUUCCUGUGAAAACGAUCGGCCAGCAGGAUUCCUGUUUUAUCGGCUUCAGUCCGACUGGUUCUGUGGUUUAACGGACAGGAGGCGUGGCCGCGCCAGCCGGUUCCGCCUCAGCGGUUCCGCUUCAGGCCUAGAAGAACCGACGUGGAAUUAAUUUUUUUGUCUUUUUUCCACAUGUAGAUAGUUUUAGAAACAUUUAAUAUUAAAUAAUUUUGUUUCCUUCUUGUCAGAUUUAGUGACACGGAUAAAAAUCUGAGUUUGUAAGAAUAAGCUUCUCUCUCUAGGCGUGACGCUCCUGGGAUGUUCUGAGUUCAGGUCCGUCUGGCACCUCCGGUUCUGCCUUUAGUUCCCACUGAGCUUCACAGGAACCAGUUCAUCAAAUUUAACUCUUUAUUUAUUGUCUAAUAUGAACGCAGCAGAAAUAAAGAUACAGAUCAGGGGUUUUUUCUGAACAGUUCUUGAUUUGGAUUUAAAUAAUUAUUUAAAUCUAUUUAAUUUUAUUAUUUGAAUAGAUACAUUUAUCUAUUUGUUUUAUUUUUAUAUUAUUAUUAUUAUUAUAAGUCUAUUGGUGCCUUCUUUGUAUUCGGGUCGACAUUCCAGGUCCUCUGGUGGGAAUUAGGGCUGCACGGUUUAAGGAAAAUAUUUAACCACUAUUCCUGAAAAUGGCAGUAAGACUAAAGGCCCACAUCUUUAUUCAUUUUUAUCGCUGAAGUGCGAUUCGUUAGCAGCGAGUUGCUGUUGCAACCAUGUCACAGACGAGCAACGACAGGAAGGAAGGAUUAAAGGCAACUUCAUAAAGUUAAAGACAUCAACCUAAAGCAUAAAAUCUAUAAAACAUGGAAACUGGAGCUAAAGCUGAAGUUAAAUUGCAGAACUUGACAGCGACGUCUUGUUUUCUUACGCGUGUGUCAGCGUGGGGCUCGGCCCGAUCUGUUACUGACAUCCAGAGCAUGAAUCCAUGAUGCUUAAAUUUAAUUUCCUACGUCAGAGCCGCCGUCUGCAGCUGGAAUAUUGGUCGGCGGUCGGUGGGGAGUCCAGCGUCUCAGACAUCAGAUCAGCUUAGUUUACAUCAGAGUAACAAUACAAACCACAGCCAUUUUUUAUUAUUUCAAACAUGAAAAGAAAAUCAAAGCAAAUUUAAAUCCCGACACGUUUUUUAGUACCAAAAGCAACUAUUUUGAAAAUUAAUAUUGCGCCAUUUUGUUUUAUUUAUUGAGGCUUCUUCUCUCCAGAUCCCUGAAACUUGUGUGUCUGACAGUUUCUACUUUAAAGAAAUAACAGUCAAAACUGAUUUUCUCUUUAAAACAUUAAAAUAAGCGUCAUUUCUGGAUAUGCUGCUGCUGCUCACAUUUGGGAAUAAUUCUGUUUAUUAGAGCAAAGAAUGUCAAUCUGGCAACAUUUCAGCAGAACCCAGGCUCGUCAGCAGAGCAGGCGGUUCUGAAACCCGGACACGCGCUCCGGUUCUAACCUGGAACAGAUUUUCUAGUAAACUGCAGACGGUGCAUCAACACCCAUGCUGUUAGUUUUACUUAUAGGACAAAAAUAGCCUAAAUUUAUAUUUUUCAUGCUCAAUAGGAAAAAUAGGCUGGUUCUGACCUCUGGCUGGAUCAACUGGGAAAUCUGAAAAUUAGAGUUUGAAGCGUGGAAUAUUUUAAGAUUAGGUCUAGGAACCUAAGGGGUCUGUGUUCUGUAGAACUGAGAGCUGCUUUGGUUCAGACUGGUGCCAUGACCCGUCAGGUCCAAACGGUCCCGGUGCCUUACAAUCCCGGCUGCAGAGCCAUCCUUGCUGUUCAAGCUGUUUGGAUUUACUGGUUCAGGUUUUCAAUGUUGAACAAUUUUUACAGAAUUCCUGUAAGAAUAAAAUCUUACUUUGUAAAACA